AUGUCGACCGAGACCUACGCUUUCAAUGCGGAUAUCCAACAGUUGAUGUCCUUGAUCAUCAAUACUUUCUAUUCAAACAAGGAAGUGUUCUUGAGAGAGCUCAUUUCCAACUGUUCAGAUGCCUUAGACAAGAUCAGAUUCAUGUCACUUACAAACCAUGAAGUCUUAUCUACAGAAAGCAACCUCAACAUCAAAGUUAUUCCAGACAAAACCAACAACACACUCACCAUCAUUGAUUCUGGCAUUGGGAUGACCAAAGAAGAAAUGGUCAAGAACUUAGGAACCAUUGCCAAGUCUGGCACAAAGGCUUUUAUGGAGGCUUUAAGCUCAGGUGCUGAUAUCAGCAUGAUUGGACAGUUCGGUGUCGGUUUUUACUCAGCUUUCCUCGUUGCUGACAAGGUCACUGUUAUUAGUAAAAAUAAUGAUGACCAGCAGUAUGUGUGGGAAUCCACAGCUGGGGGCACUUUCAACGUGGCUCUUGACGAAAAUCCAAACUCUGAAAGAAUCAUCAGAGGAACCAAGGUCAUUCUCACUCUCAAAGAAGACCAAUUGGAAUUCUUAGAAGAAAAGAAGCUUAAAGAGCUCGUUAAGAAACAUUCACAAUUCAUUGAUUUCCCUAUUGAACUUUAUGUCGAAAAAACUAAUGAAAAAGAAAUCACUGACAGUGAAGACGAAGAAGAAGACAAAAAGGAAGAAGGAGAUAAGCCUAAAAUCGAAGAAGUCACUGAAGAGGAAGAAAAAGAGAAGAAAAAGAAAAAAACCAAAAAAAUAAAAGAAGUCUCUCACGAAUAUGAACAAGUCAACAAAACCAAGCCACUUUGGAUGAGAGCUCCAGAAUCCAUCACAAAAGAAGAGUACGGCGCUUUUUACAAAUCUUUAACCAACGAUUGGGAAGACCACCUUGCCGUCAAGCAUUUCACUGUUGAAGGACAGCUUGAAUUCAAGGCUUUGCUAUUUGUACCAAAAAGAGCUCCAUUCGACCAGUUCGAAACCAAGAAAAAGAGAAAUAACAUCAAGCUCUACGUCAGAAGAGUUUUUAUCAUGGACGAUUGUGACGAGCUGAUCCCAGAAUUCUUAUCUUUCAUUAAAGGUGUAGUUGAUUCUGAAGAUUUACCUCUCAACAUCUCCAGAGAAACUCUCCAGCAAAACAAAAUUUUGUCAGUCAUCAAGAAGACUUUGGUCAAAAAAUGCCUUGAACUUUUCAACGAAAUUGCAGCUAAUGAGGAAGACUACAAGAAGUUCUACGAGCAGUUCUCAAAGAAUCUUAAACUCGGCAUCCACGAAGACACUACAAACAGAGUUAAAAUCGCUGAGCUGCUGAGAUAUCACACAAGCAAGUCUGGCGACGAUAUGAUUUCCUUAAAAGAAUACGUUUCCAGAAUGAAGGAAGGACAAAAAGAUAUUUACUAUAUCACUGGAGAAUCAAGACAGUCAGUUGCAAACUCUCCUUUCAUUGAAGCACUUAAGAAGAAGAACUAUGAAGUCAUCUAUAUGGUUGACCCUAUUGAUGAAUACGCAGUCCAACAACUCAAAGAAUUCGAUGGAAAGAAACUUAAGAGCAUCACCAAAGAAGGUCUCGAUCUCGACCAAUCUGAAGAAGAAAAGAAAGCUUUCGAAGAAUCCAAAGCCCAAUUUGAAGGCCUCUGCAAGCUCAUCAAAGAUGUCUUAGGCGAUAAGGUCGAAAAAGUCAUGGUCGGCAGCAGAAUUUCUGACUCUCCAUGUGUUUUGGUCACUGGAGAAUACGGCUGGACCGCUAAUAUGGAAAGAAUCAUGAAAGCUCAAGCUCUCAGAGACUCUUCCACCAGUGCUUACAUGCAAUCAAAGAAGACCAUGGAAAUCAAUCCAAAACACCCUAUUGUCGUUAAGCUUAAGGCUAAAAGUGACGAGGACAAGUCAGAUAAAACUGUCAAAGAUCUCAUAUGGUUACUUUAUGAGACCUCACUUUUGACAUCUGGAUUCAGCCUUGAAGAGCCAAAUGUAUUUUCUAACAGAAUUCACAGAAUGAUCAAGCUAGGAUUAAGCAUUGAAGAUGAAGAAGGAGAAGAAGCCGCCGCCGUUGAAGAAGAUUUACCACCACUUGAAGGGCCAGCUUCGAAUAUGGAUGAAGUCGACUAA